AUGUCUUAAUUAAUUUUGCUGAAGAAGAAGAAAAAAGAAAGGACUCAUAAAAAAAUGAAUUAAAUAGAAAAAUUAAAAUAAAUAGAAUUUGGUUUUAAGUUGACAAAAGAACUAAAUAAUCCAAAUACAUUCUAAAUAGCUGGUGAUCUUACAAUAAAUAUUGAUUCAUUUCUUAAUAAUGAAUUUGCAUUCAUGAAUCUUUCAAUGAAUGAAUUUAUUUAGGUUAAGUAAAUUAGAAGCUAUGAUGAAUAUGAUUUUAUGGAUAUUUUUAUGGAUACUGAUAUAUAUGUAAGAAGCGAUAUGUCAGUUCCGAUUCAAAUUCUUAGGCGCUGCCAAAGAUAAGAUUUAUUUGAUCUUGCAAAUGUAAUGGAAGAAUACUAAUAACUAUUAAAUGAAAAGUAGAAUUUAAAUUGUAAUUUACUGUCUUAAGAACAAUAAUAAUAAAAGACUACUUAACCAGACACUUAAAGCGAAUUUAUUUGCGAUGAAGCGCAUGGAUGGAACAUUUAAAAAAGUGUUUAAAAAGCAGAAAUAGAGAUUAAUAAAUUAAAAGAAUCAAUGAAAAAUUAAGACUGCUAUUACACCUUUAUAAUAUUUAAAGGAAAUAAAUAUGAUUAAAGCGUUUAUAGAGUAGGAUACUCACUCUUAUACUUAAAGAAUUUGUAUUUCUUAAAUGACUACCAAAUAAAUCACUUAACCUAUAGAAAACCAAUUAUAAAUUUCAUAAAAUAUCAGAGUUAAAUGGUUUAAUAUUAAAUUGGUAGAAUUAAAAAUUAAAUCAAAUAUUUAAAAAAAGAGAAAGACUUAGAUUAUUACAGGACAGAACUUAAAUUUUUAGGCGAAUUUACAUCCACUACUUAAAGUGUUGAUAAUUACUGCAUAGAUACUAAGAUGCAUACAUACUAAUAUAUUUUAAGUAAUUAUUAAAAUUAAGUUGACGAUGUAUUAUUGAUAAACGUACACUAGCCUAUUAGAGGCUGGUCAGUCUCAUAAAUUGUGAAGGGAAUGAGAAAUCUAAAAAAGUAUCUGAGUGAAGAAUAACAAAGCUCUAAUCUCAAUCCUUUUUUUAAUGGAAAUCUUUAUUCUGACGUAAUCUAUGAAGCAUAAGCUGAGUUAUUCAAAGAUAAAUUCUAUUCUGUUUCUGAUAACUAUUUAUAUCAUUCAAUUUUAUAAAAUUUAUGA